AUGAGCACUCAGCCCGAAGGAACUGUCUCUAAUACGCCUAAUACGCCGUCGGGGCCUCUUGCCCUUCCAGCUCCAUCUCAGGAUGAUGAGACGACUAAGCUGGAUGUCCACACGAUGCAGAGGAUGAAGUUCGACGCUCUGGGUCCAAUGGUCGUCAAUAGCGAUGGGACGCUGUCACGAAUCGCCAACUGGCCCAAUAUGACUCCGAUGGAGAGGGAGAGGACGAUGAGGGUGCUCGGCGCUCGAAAUCAGUGA